UAUAUAUAGCUCCACCCUCUCUCCAAGACGAAUAAUAACCGGUUAUUAAGCGCAUCCCUGGUUAAAGUUAGUUUAAGUAGCGGUUGCUGUUUGGUUCACUGCCCUGCAGCUGGGGUAUUAUUUUGCUUUCUGUCAUUUAGAUGAAAUGUCCUGCCUGGAUAAGACUGAGAAUAAGGCUGCUGACAGCCCGUCCCUGGUAUUAACUGUGCUAGCGCUGUUCUACGGGAUUUCUAUAAACGUAUGCCGUGCGAGUGACUUUCAGUUGAUCCUGCUUCACACCAAUGAUGUUCACGCACGUGUGGAACAGACAAGUCGGGACUCGGGCAAGUGCACCAACGUGAAUGACUGCUUUGCCGGCGUUGCUAGGAGAUAUACCAAAAUCCGUGAGAUACGAAGCAAUGAACAAAACGUACUGUUACUGGAUGCCGGGGACCAGUACCAGGGGACAAUGUGGUUUAACGUGUACAAGGGAAAAGAAGCUGCGCAUUUUAUGAAAAUGCUUGGAUAUCAGGCUAUGGCUCUGGGAAAUCAUGAAUUUGACAAUGGAGUAGAUGGUUUGAUCAACCCAUUUUUUAUUGAUGUGAACUUUAGUUUCCCCAUUUUAAGUGCUAACAUAAAAGCAGAUGCCCAACUGGCACCGUCUAUUUCUGGCUACUAUGUUCCAUUUAAAAUACUUAAUGUUGGUAUGGAAAAAAUAGGAGUCGUAGGAUAUACAUCUCGUGAGACACCUGUCUUAUCAAACUCAGGACCACAUCUUAUAUUUGAGGAUGAAGUCACUGCCCUUCAGCAACAAGUGGAUAAAUUAAAAACACUGGGUGUGAAAAAAAUAAUUGCACUGGGGCACUCUGGAUUUGAAACAGAUAAGCUGAUCGCAAAGAAUGUAAAGGAUGUGGAUGUUGUUAUUGGAGGGCAUACCAAUACUUUCCUUUACACAGGUACUCCUCCCUCAACUGAGUUCCCUGCUGGGCCAUAUCCAUAUAUGGUAGAUUCCAUCCAUGGGUAUAAGGUUCCUGUUGUCCAAGCAUAUGCUUUUGGAAAGUACCUGGGUUAUUUAAAAGUAAUAUUUGAUGAAGAAGGAAAUGUCAAAACAGCAACAGGAAACCCCAUCCUCUUGGACAGAAGCAUUCCAGAAGAUCCAGCAGUGCUGGCAGACGUUAACAAGUGGAAGGAGGGACUAAAGAAUUUCUCUGCCAUGGAAAUUGGGAGGACAUUAGUGUACCUGAAUGGGUCCCACUUGGAGUGUCGUUUUCGAGAGUGCAACAUGGGAAAUUUAAUCUGUGAUGCUGCGGUUCAUCACAAUAUCAGAUACCCAGAUGAGAAAAGAUGGAAUCAUGUUUCAGUCUGUAUAAUCAAUGGUGGAGGAGUACGUGCACCAAUUGAUGAACGCAACAGUAAUGGUUCUAUUACAAUGGAAGACUUGAUAUCUGUACUGCCUUUUGGAAGCACUUUUGAUUUAGUGGAAGUAAAGGGAUCUACUCUGAAAAAAGCAUUUGAGCAUUCAGUCCAACGCCAUGGACAAGGCACUGGAGAGUUUCUACAGGUUUCUGGUGUUCAUGUGGUUUAUGACGUUAAGAAGGAACCUGGAAAGCGAGUUGUCAACUUAGAGAUCCUUUGCAAUGAAUGUCGUGUGCCAACAUACAUGCCAGUGGAAGAGGAGAAAGUUUACAAAGUUAUUCUGUCUUCUUACAUUGCCCAAGGAGGAGAUGGAUUUAUAAUGUUGAGGGAUGAGAAACUUAAACAUGAUAGUGGGGACACAGAUCUUUCAGUCGUUUCAGAGUAUAUUAAAGUGAUGAAGCGAGUUUAUCCUCCAGUUGAAGGGCGAAUCAAGUUUUCUUCAGCUUCUAUUCUCAUUGGAUCUGUUUUCCAUACACAACUUAAAAUUGUUUUUUCAUUGCUGUUUACACGGGUAUUUAUAUUUUCAUGAAGUUUGAAAGAAAUGUAUUGAAAUACAUAGUAUUUGUAUUAAGAACACCGACGGAAACAAUUAUAGAUUUUUAUUUAAAUUUCCUAAAUAAUUUCUUCAUAACUCUUACCCACUGUUUAUUUUUUCACAUCCUAAAUGAAACUAUUUUGAUACACAGCAAAGAGGCAACCACACACCACCAAAAGAUCCAGGCUUGGAUCCAAGUCUGGAUCUUUUGGUGGUGUGCGGUUGCCUCUUUGCUUUAUAUUUUGGACUGUUACUCUUCAUUGCAUUCGUAGGCGAAGAGGCAUUUAUUCCAGUGGGUGCGUUCAUAUAUAUUCGCAUUAUUUUGAUACACACUGUAUGUCAUAAGUUGCUGCUUAAGAAGUUAUUCUUGUAAAUGUGGCAACAAAAUUAAAACAUUUCAGACAGAAAAUGAAAAUGAACUAAAGGAUGUUGAAGCCUUUAGAGCAGGUUUAACAUAGUUUGGACAUUUUAGCAAUAAGAAUUGUUGGUGAGAUGGAGGUAAAACUGCUUAUACACUAAAUGAAACUAAUUUAUUUCCUGAAAUGCAAUGAUAUAUUAGUACCAGAAUAAGCACAAAACAGUAAUAAGUUGUUGCUUUAAAGAAAGGGCAAGUUAAGCUGCAAGGUAACAUGAAGGGUUGCUAGAAUUAAAUCUGUGUUUUAUUAAAUUAAUUUUGUACAGCUUUCUGAAUAGCUGUGUUCUGAUUUGAUCUGUAUUAUACUGUAUUUACAUUCAUUCUGAAAAUAAGCUUUGGUCCAGUUUUUCUAGCAAGUAAAUGAAUAAAUGAAGAAAUGAAGAAAUUAAAUAAAUAAGAUGUAUGGGAUAUA